AAAAAAUUAAUAGAGAGAGAAAGAGAUAGGGACUAGAGAGAGAGAGAGAGUGAGCACUUUAUUACCUUUUUUAUGAUGCACGCAUCCAUAGUAGAACAGAGAAGGGUACACAGUACUGUAAUGACAUAAGAGGAGAAGAAGAGAUUAGAAGCACAAGAACACUACCACCAAAACAGAAGGCAUAAGUUCAGAGAAAGAGAUAAGGAGCUCAAAUGGAUUUUUAUUGAAGAGAAAUAGAUAAUAUGGAGCUGAAAAGACAGAGAAGAAACAAGGAUGUCAAUAAGAGUAAGAGAAGCUAUAUCUGUGAAAUGGGUUUCUUUUCUUUGCGUUAAAGGACACUUAUGGCAUGCAAGGAAAGAUGGUGGGUCUGAAUGAAGAAACAUCAGAAGAAGAAAUCUGAAAGCACCCCACUUGAGAGUAUGAGAGGGAUGCCCUUUCAGCUUCAGGGGAAGGGUGUCUUUGAAAUCGCUGGCUUUACUCCGAUUUGUUCUUGGAAUAGUAACAACAAAAAAGAAGAACUUCUUGACUUUGCAAACAACAACUUUAACAGCAACAACCAUAACAACAACAACAACAACAACAACGAGCCCAGUUCUGUUCUUCAUAUGAGAAGAAGUCCGAGUCCACCCACGUCGGCAUCCACACUGUCUUCGUCAUUCGGCGGAGGAGGUUCCACCGACAACACCGCCGGAGGAGGAGGUGGCGUGGCGGCUACGCUACCCACUGUCCCAUCUCCGGGACCCGACCCGACCCGGAAAGACGAAUGGGCAUCGGAGCUCCAACCGAUUCCGAGCGGACUGACUGGCGGAGGAGAAAGGUGCGGUCUUGGAGGUUUGGAAGAUUGGGAGACCAUGUUGUCUGAAACGGCGGCGUCACCGAGUCAGGACCACUCGCUUCUGCGUUGGAUCGCCGGGGAAGUGGACGACUCGUCGUUUGGGCUCAAACAGCUUUUGCAGAGUGGGAGCAACAGCAAUACCAAUCCUCUGGAUUUGGACGGCAAUGCUGGACUGGGAAUCGUGGAUCAAGGGCCAGGAGUGUUCGACCCCAUCAUCGGCGGAGGUAAUGUAAAUGCAAGCAUUAAUAAUCACAAUCCUAAUUUGGCUUAUCCAGCUUCUGGGUUUUCAAAUUACAACAACAAUAGUAAUGGGAGGAUUGGCGGUGGUACAACAAUUGUACCAAGCUCUUCUGGGGUCCUAAAUUGCAAGGUUUCAAGUGUUGGGUUGAAUAGCAACAACAAUAAUUGUUUUAGUACUAAUAACAGUCUCCCUCUUCCAGUUACUUUGCCUCCUGGUGUGAUUUAUCAACAGCAACAUCAACAGUUUGAAGUUCCAGAUGAGAAGCCUCAGAUUCUGAAUCCACAGAUGUUGAUGAACCAACAGCAGCAGCAACAGUCUCAGCAUCCUCAAAGUCCAAACUUUUUUCUGCCAUUGUCUUUUGCUCAACAAGAACAGCACCUCCCACAGCCCCAACCAAAGCGUCAGAACUCAGGCGGGUUGGACCCCAUCACUCAAAUCCCAAAACCACCGUUUGUGGAUCCUGGGCAUGAGUUUUUGCUGCGAAAACAUCAACAGCUACAGCCUCAACAUAUGGGGUUUUCUCCUGGAGUGCAAUUUGUUCCUCAGCAUCUUCAGCAAAAGCCAUUGAUGGUGCCCAAGCAAAAAAUGGGACCGGGCGAAGAAUUAGCCCAGCACCACCAUCAGCAGCAGCAGCAGCAGCAGCAGCAGCAGCAACAACAACAACAGCAGCUUGCUCUGCUUGACCAGCUCUAUAAGGCAGCAGAGUGUAUAGGGACUGGGAAUUUCUCACACGCGCAAGGGAUAUUGGCGCGGCUCAAUCACCAGCUCUCCCCUGUUGGAAAGCCCCUCCAUAGGGCUGCUUUCUACUUCAAGGAGGCUUUGCAAUUGCUCCUCCUUAUGAACAACCCAGUCACCUCCCCUUCACCAAGGAGUCCAACCCCAUUUGAUGUUAUCUUCAAGAUGGGCGCUUAUAAGGUCUUUUCCGAGGUCUCGCCCCUCAUUCAGUUUGUUAAUUUCACUUGCAACCAGGCCCUCCUUGAAGCUCUAUCUGAUGUUGAUCGUAUUCAUAUUGUGGAUUUUGAUAUCGGGUUUGGUGCUCAGUGGGCUUCCUUUAUGCAAGAGCUUCCAGUAAGGAAUAGGGGUGCCCCAUCAUUGAAAAUCACUGCCUUUGCCUCUCCUUCCACUCACCACCCUGUUGAGCUUGGGCUUAUGCGGGAAAACUUAACCCAGUUUGCUAAUGAGAUUGGGAUUAGUUUUGAGCUUGAAGUGGUUAACUUUGAUUGUUUGGACCAAACCUCUUAUACCCUGCCUAUCUUGAGAGCAGCAGAGAAUGAGGCAGUUGCUGUGAACUUUCCCAUUUGGUCUUCUUCAAAUCAACCUGCUGCACUUCCUUCUCUCCUCCGUUUUGUGAAGCAGCUAUCGCCAAAAAUUAUGGUGUCUUUGGACCGAGGGUGUGAUCGAACUGACCUUCCCUUCCCACAACAUGUUCUCCAAGCCCUUCAGUCCUAUAUUAAUCUCUUGGAGUCUUUGGAUGCUGUGAAUGUGACUUCUGAUGCCGUGAACAAGAUUGAGAAGUUCCUCCUUCAGCCUAAGAUAGAAAGCACAGUAUUGGGGCGUCUCCGAGGCCCGGACAAAAUGCCUCUCUGGAAAACACUAUUUGCCUCGGCUGGGUUCUCCCCUGUAAUAUUCAGCAACUUCACUGAAACUCAGGCAGAAUGUGUGGUGAAGAGGACUCCGGUUAGGGGGUUUCAUGUGGAGAAGCGCCAGUCAUCACUUGUGCUCUGCUGGCAGCGCCGGGAGCUCAUCUCAGCUUCAGCUUGGAGGUGCUGAGGAGCAGCUAUUGGAUGAGCAGGGAGGUUGGUUUUUGGGCAACUCACAAUUUAUCAGAGGUUCCAACUUACUUUUACUUGCUGUUAAGUCAAUAAAUAUUGAAUUCUGUUGGUGGCACCUCUAUUGUGACUUAAUUAUGUGAAAUAUUAUGUUUGUGA